GGGGAGGUGCGCUCGGGUCGGGGCCGCUCGGGCCGGGGCCGGGGCUGAGGACGGAGCCAUGAGCGCUCUGAGCGGUCGGGACGGGUGGAGGUAUCUGGACAUGGCCAGGGAGGCCAAGCCGAGCCGGGUCAGGUUGGGCCAAAAGAGGCCGCACAGCAGCAGCCUGUACCCCAGUACCUGCGACCUGGACUACAACCUCUACAGGGAUGACUUCCCAUACCGGGUGUAUGAGUACCAGAAGAUCCCACCCCUCAUUAACCGCAUCCCCGUCAAGGCCAGGAGAACGCACGCAAGAGCGGGAGGCACGAGCAGCCCCAGCCCCCAGCACGGGGCGCGGAGCAGCGCCAGCUCCACGGGGACGCGGAUGAAACUGAGAGCCGAGGAGCUGCACUCCAUCAAGGGGGAGCUGAGCCAGAUCAAGGAGAGGGUGGACAACCUGCUGGAGAGCCUGGAGCGCAUGGACCAGCGCAGGGAGCGGCUCUCGGGGUGCAAGGAGAGCGAGAAGAAGAAGGCGGAGGUGGGCUCAGCAUCACCGGCCCCGCCGGGAGAGGGCUCACGAGGCAAGGAGGGGAGCGGAGGGGACGGGCGCAACAUCGACAGCGCCGACGAGAGCACAGACACGGAGGAGACGAUGAAGGCCCACACCUCGGAUCCCGAGGGGAGCCAGUAGUGGGGAUGCCGGAGCCCCGCAGCUCCUGCCCCAUCUCCGCGUCCGCUUGGAGGCUCCCGGCAGGUGCCAGGCCGGUGCCCAGUGCCCCUCCCUGCACUCACGUCCCCACCACCAGUGCCAGCAGCCCCGUGCCCCGCGUUGGCCAGCCGUGGUGAGAGAAGUCUUUGUGUUUGAGUGCGCGUUCUUCUUUUUAUUCCUCCUGUUUUGCAGUGUAAGUAAGUUGGGGGUCGGGGGGGUAGGAGGGCAGAAGCUCCGCACCCCGAAGGAUCGUUAGCCCAGAGCUGAGGUCCGCCGUGUCCCCGCUCCUCACCUCCCCACUGGGUAAAGCAUCCCCUGGGCAAAGCAUCACACCCAGCCCCUCCAUCCCACGAGCACAGCGCGGGCCGGAUGCGCUCCCCGUGCAGGACGAAGCCACAGCGCUGUCCCUGCUGGGCAGUGGUGAGCACACGGGUGGCCACAGGUGAUACCGCCAGCACAGGGCGCCCAGUGGUGCGGUAUGGAGCCCAGCAUCCCCUCACCAGUGGGCUUCUCUUAACGGUGUCCCGAGGGCUCCGUUCUUUGCCAUCCCUCCAUCCCUCUCCCUCCGUGUCUGUGUCCCCCGUUUCGGGGUCGUCCUCCUCGUGCUGGUAGGAAGUUGUCCUGUAUUUCUCAUUUGCUCCGGCGAAAGAGUGAAUUGUGCUGGAAAGGACAAAAACAAUCCAUCAUUUGUA